AUGUCUAGACGUUUUGUAGCACCUUCAGUUGAAUCUCGAGGUAGUACCAGUAGCAUACAAACCAUCUCAUCUCCUGUUCCAGGCUUAAAACCGGAUUAUUUACCUCCCCCGAGUCACCCAGCUCUUGCCAGACAGCGUGUUCCCAGUCCUGGCCCCGAGACAUAUGGCGCACUGAACAGACAUCUACCUCCGCCUCCUCCACCUUUGCACCCUUUACGCGCUCAGUCACCCGCCCCUCCCGUUCCCAGUCGAACGACGUCUAAAACAGUGCAUUCAACUGACCCUGGCGCUAGUACUUCGAUUUCAGUACCACAUGCUUCUGCUGACCCUCCAACCCAAUUACAAAUAAAUACAAUUUAUUCCCAAGCUCCAAUUAUUGCACAGCCUGAACCUACGCUAGGCGACGCCUCUACUCCCGUGCUAGUUAUCACGCCUGUCAGCGAGACACUGCCACCUUAUAGCUCAGAGCCGAAUCUUGCGUCACAGUCGGUGCCUGCACCCGCAGAACUCCAGCCAAACACGGCGAUUGAAGUCCCAAGUGAUGGCCAUAAUAUCCUUGGACUACAAAAUCACGGACAUUUAUCAACUAGCAAUAUUUCGAGGAUUGCACCUCCGUUGCAUCCGAGCCGUCAACCCUCACCGUCUCCACUGAUUGAAGCUCCUGGACUUCGCCACCGCGCCCAUUCGAGCACAAACAUUGGCAGCGCCCGGACCCUGGAUUCAAAUGCGCCAUCCCGACCAUCCCUGUUCGAAAAUUCCCGACGUGGGAGCGGUGCUUCAAUCAUUACUUUAAAAGAUGCCGACCUCACGAAGAUGACCUCGCAGAUGUACGAUGCUGAGGAAGUCGAGCGGUAUCUUCGACUGUUUGCCUCGAGAGUGAAUGAGGUUGCUAUAGAUCCACAGCACUCGGGAGCCGCCACACAUAUACACGAAGAAGAUGGCGAAUGGGUUUCAACGUCGAACCCUACGUGGUCAUGGGCUCGCAACGUAGACCCCCUCCCUCCCCACCUCGCAAAUCCCCAGAAUCCUUUCCAAUUCAUUGCUGCCAUCGUAUACCCAUACGUCAUCCAACCACUUCCCAAGGCGUGCGAAACCAAGCGCAAGUUCAGGCUCAAUCGCGCCGCAGGUACUGCCCAACGGCUGUAUUUGGCCAUGUACCCUGCGUAUGUUCCCGUAAUCGUCUAUCUUUGCCACUUGUCUACCUGGCGCGACCCUCGUAAAAGCGCCUUUUGGUGUGCGGUUUUCUGGGCAGCUUGGGCCGGUGGAUUCUUGAGCCAAAUUAUAGUCGGGCGCUUGCUUUAUCUACUCUGGACUGGUGGUAAUGUCACGCGAGAAGAGAUCCGGAGGAGACGCAUUGCCGCAAGAGAGGCUGAAAAACUUGGAAAAGCGAUAGAGGGUGGGAUACCUGGCGUUGGUAUCACCGGGGAGCUCGGAGUUUGGGAAGUGACGAAACUGGUCACCGGGUUAGGGAAAAAGAAGAGCAAGACGGCCAAGGCGGUUACUCUGGAGUUGCAGAAGGAUAGGAUUGGACAGCCUAAUGGCGAGAGCAACCUGGAAGACCAAUCUGAGGAUAUGGAGGAUUGGAAACUCAUGUUGGUCGACUUGGCGGAUGAAGUUGCUGACUUGCACGAACGGAUUAAAAAUAUCUUCUUGCGCAGACGCCCCGAACUCACGCGUUUCUAUAUUUUCCUAUUUGCCUUGCUUUUCAUUGGAACUUUCAUCGUCCAAGAUACCUCCAAGAUCGUCACUAUGGUCAUGGGUUUCUGGUUCUGGUCUACGACCGAUCUCACGGAUACGAGCACCUUGGUCAUGUCGCCUUCUACGACGUCCUUGGUCGAAGGAACCUCUUCGGACGAUGAGGCUGAUAUUGGAUUGGUUGUCCCUCAGACGAGUGCGCCUCAGGAGGAUAUGUUGCGCAAGGGCGCCGUGAAAGCGUGGAACUGGUGGGGGAAGGCUAAGAAGCGUAUUGACCAAUCUAGAGGUGUAGAAUCGAAGACGACACAUGCACAUGCCUUAAGUGGUCAAAGUUUCCCAGCCCAGCACCGUUCGCACCCCGGCAUGCUCAUGAUAUCACCCUCUCUCUUGACAUUUAAUUCACUGUUCACUUCUUCAUCAAGCGGCUCUCAAUCUCAAAUUCAAUCUCAAUCUCAGACUUCCCAAGAUACCAGGACUGUCAAAGUCAAUAUCGACAAUCUGCGCGGAGUGAAAAAGGUUAGCCCGAGUGGUUUGUCAGUGCGAUAUGCCCAGGGCUCCGAGAUCCUGGAAGAAAAAUUCCUCUUUAUCGUGGGCCGGGAUGAAGCUUUCGCAAUGCUCGUUGGUUGGGGCGGAGGACGAUGGAAGCAUGUUUGA